GCUCUUCGGUGUUCCGUGCAACGCAAAACCGAGUCUCUGACAUGAUUCGCUCGAUUGUGAUUGACUGCGGCUCGUAUUCACAAAACCACUCAUUACUUUCAGCUCAAGAUCUUAAAGUUGGAGGCUUAAGUGUGACAGAAAAUACUCCAUAUUUCUCUGGAUGUAAGAUCAGUGAUACAGUGUCCUCCACGAGACGUAAACACUUGUCUUGCCUUAGCGCCGACUGUGAAGGCAAACUGCUGUAAAGAGGGAAGAAUCUGUCAACACUGAUCUGUCAGGAUAUCGUGGACGGAAUUGGAACUUGAAGAAGCAAAUUUGUAGAACUUCGUCGGUUGUUGUCCAGUUGUCAAAUUCAAUGUGGACAGCAAUCCCAUGUGUUUGUCUGUCGGACUGUCUCAAGUUCUGUCAGUUUUACGGACGGGACACGGAUGACUCUUGAGAUACCUCCGGAAGCUAGUGUUUCAAAAUAUCACCUAGAUGGCAACAAGCGGUAGGCCUAUAUACCCGACAGUCAUCUGGUUCGACAAUGCGAGUAUGACUUACCUAUCAACCACACCAACAGACGAUUUCUCUACCACGGACAUGUUCUCCCAAGACAAGGAUGAACCCGACCUGUCGUUUUUCGUGGUCUACGUCUUUGGGAUACUUCUCCCAUUGUCUCUGUUUAUCAUCACGGGGAACCUGUUGGUGGUGAUCUCGUUGCGUCACGCUAGCUCCACUUGGGCGGUGUUGCAGAAAGCCACCAACACGUUCGUGGCGAGUCUGGCAGUAGCCGACUGCCUGGUGGGAGUGGCAUUGGUCCCCGUCUUCUAUCUUGGAAUCUUCGUCAAGAGUCUCAAGUCGGACUUCUACUUCUGCUUAGUCAUCACGUCUUUGAUGAUGGUGUCUUGCAGCAUCUCCAUGUUACAUGUGUUAGGUAUUGCCUUGGAUCGCUUUCUUGCAGUCAUGUACCCGCUGUUGUACCACAGCCUUAUGACCGAGCGCCGGACUGCUAUUAUGGUUGCCCUGACUUGGUGCCUGGCGAUCGGCUUGGGACUGACCCCGUACCUAGGUUGGAGGAAACCCGCAAGAAAACUGGAGUUCUGCAACAUAGACCAGGUGCUGCCUUUCGGCUACGUUCUGUUCACGUUCAUUUUGGCAUUUGCUGUUCCUCUUCUGACCAUGGCGGUCAUGUACACGCAGAUCACGCUAGCGGCUCGGCGUCACGUUAGGCGCAUCGCCGCGCUGCCGGCAGUCACCGUCAGCCGAUGCGUGGCCGCAUCGACAUCCGAGCGGGGGCCGGGGAGCGACAGGACCUCGGAUCGUCUACAAAAGAUCUUCUCCGUUGGAGACAUGAAAGCUAUAACAACCACCUCCAUAGUUGUCGGGGUCUUCGUUUUGUGCUGGUUGCCUCCGUACAUUCUCAACUUCGUCUUGCAAUACCGCAACGACAACAGGCCCACCGGGUCCGAGCUGAUCCGAGCACCCUUGGUUGAGGCUGCUCUCAACACCUUGGGCUUCGGAAACUCCGCCGCAAACCCCAUCAUCUACGCCUACCGAUACCGGGAAUUCAGACGAGGGAUCAGGAAGAUGUUUGCGAGACUGUGUCGGCCGGUUUGCCUGAGGCUGUGCGGGAGGGACGGAGAAUCGGACGAGGGAAGACAAGUCAAUGUGAUCGACCUUGAACACAUUACUGUCAAUCCGUCGUCCGUGACGAUCGGCGGCAGGCCAAAUCUGGGAAUCUCCUGCUCCUAA